CUUCAACAUUUGCACAUCGCAAACAAGUUUUGAGUCCAUGGCAGCAAGGGCGCUACACUGGCAUAGGAGAGGUUUGAUCCAGAGAAGCAGGGCAUGCUGGCAGCAGUCGCGCUGGAGCUCCAAAGGCAAGGCCAGAGAGGCAGACGCAUUGAAGCCAGAAAAACAAGAGCAAAGUUUUCGGGGCCGAUACUGCGUCGAGGGGGCGCUGCUUCCAAAUGCGGACCUGGAGGUUCCAACUGACAGCGCAUCGCAGAGUAUAGAUGAUCGGCUCAGCAACCGGACAGAGACGAAGAUGAGCAGCACCCUGGCUGCUGCAUGCACAAAAGGGUUGAUUAGGCCAGCGUUUGCAGCAGGAGGCUUCUGUUGGGCCGGGAAUGUAUGCAGAGACUCCAAAGGACAGAACUGCUGGGGUGGCCAAGACGUAUCAGGUUUGCAAAAGCCAGGAUCACUUGGAUGCCUUUCAGUCAGUGUAUCGCCGUUUGCGACGCACUGGGCGGGACGCUGAAGACAAAGAUGUGUCAGACUCCAUGUUGAAGGCCAUGGAGUACGUCAAGCAAAGUAAGGGGGCCAAGUGAGUGAGACAAUGCCGCAGCAAGGGCCAAAGCUGUCAAGGAGCAAACCAGUGCUUGGAGUUGAAAGAUGUUGAAA